CGGUAAUGCGCCAUGAAGCUGCUUUGCCAACCGCCAAGAAGCACCAUCGAAGAAGAACAAGCUGGAAGUAAACAUGACUGAAAGUGGCGCGCAGCUCUUCGCUCGUCUUGAUGGCCGCCGAAGUGUUCAUGACAUCGAACCUCGCCUCUUCCCACCACACGCAGGACCCGGACCCGGUGCGGUGGUGGAGCUGUACGGGACGGAGGGGACGGGUGAGUCGAGGCCGCCCUUUGUCUGAGACAUUCUCUUCUAACGCUGGCAGGCGCACAGGUAAGACGGAACUGCUCUACCACUUCCUGUGCCGUGCCGUACUCCCCGUUGAUGCCGGCGGUCUGCAGCUGGAGGUGCUUUUCGUCGACACCGACUACAGUCUGGACGUGUUGAGGCUCGUCGGCAUCCUGGACGCCAGGCUGGGCGGUGCGGGGUCGUCGAGCCGGCCGCGGCAGCCCGCAGAGGCACGCGUGCGUGAAUGCCUGUCCCGGCUGCUGGUGGCGCACUGCAAUUCUUCGCGGCAGCUGCUGGCCACCCUGCACGCGCUGGAAACCCGCUUGGCGUCUCGGCCCGGCCUGGCGUUCAUCCUUCUGGACAGCGCCUCGGCGUUCUAUUGGCCGGACCGCGGUGAGGGCGGAGCCAGCGUGUCCAAGCAGGAGGAGAAGCUGAGCAAAUGUUCGCAGCUCUUGGGCGCUUUGCUCAGCAUCUUGUCAGAGCAUUUUCUCGUCCUCAUUCUCACCUGCCAUCCAUUGGCCAGGGAUUACCGGAUCAGCGUGUUUGCUUCCUGCCACUCCAACCAGAGGCGCUGUAGCCACACCUCCUCCUCCUCAUUCUCCCACCUGUGUCGCCCUUGGCAACGGCUGGUCACUCACCGCAUGUUGUGCUCCAGACAGGAAGUUGCUCCAGCGGGAGGCGGCCCCAGAGCUCACGUGUUCAGCGUGCAUUGCACGUCCUCGUCGUCCGGUAGCAAAGCUCACAAGAGCUGCUCCUUCCGCGUCGGGGAUGGCGGCCUGGAAUUUGUCUGACGCUCCUCCUCUGGCCGCUGUCCGUCCAGAUUGUAACAUCCAUCCGUCAGUCACAAAGCAUCGGCUCAACUCUUGACGUUUACCUCGCCAGCACGUCUCAUUUGAUUCGAUCUUCAACGGCGUGCGUGUUAAACGGCGGGUGUUUGUAAAGUGUGCACGGAAAGGUCGAGAAAAUAGACUCUAAUCUACUAUCUGGGGAAAUGCCGUGUAUGCCUUUCCCACACUGUUAAGACGGCCCUAUUUUCUAAACUAAAAAUGCACAAAGCUCCACAGAAAAUAUUGGUGAAUCCAUGGUUUGGAAGCUGCUGAGAUGCUUGCACAAGAGCGUGUGGCAUUCUGAUAUGGUCUAAUUGAAUACUGCUUUCUGAUUGGCUCACAAAAUGACAUCCGUGACCAUGAUUAUCUGAUAACAAACCGCAAAUGAGGCAAUUAAAAAAAAAUAAAAAAUCUGACAAAUGCAAACUGUUUUUACAAAAACCCUGCCACAAUUUUAGGGCACUGUCGGUGAGGGCAGCAUUCCCAGCCCGAGAGCUUGCGGCGACCCUCACAUAGAAAUACUGAAUGUGGAAUAAUAAAAAACGACUUUGUCAUACCUGAGAUCCUUAUUUAACGAUGUCAAACUAGAAAAAACACGCUCGUGUUGCUUCCCGCCUCUGCAUCUUCCAUUAAGUGGGGCAGUGCAAUGCCGAAGCGGCUCGUGGAGCUUGAUUGCUACGGUUCAAUGUCA